AUGAUUGCCGUUAUUCAGACAUUUUUAAACUUAAUCCUGGACAAUACAGGUUUGGAUCAGGCCAGUGUUAAAAUCCUUUUGUGUACAUUACUUUCUUACCCAUUCAGCAUCAUUUUCAAAAGAUUGCCAGAUCGCGAAUACACCUUGAAGAAUGUUUACGUUGUCAUUGUUUCUGCAUUCUAUGUAUUUGGAAUUUGCGACUUACGAUCUGGGUUUGGCACGUUAAUCCUUUCUACCUUGGGGUGCUAUUUUAUCACGAGAUAUUUGCGAACUUCAAGCAUGCCAUGGGUGAACUUCAUAUUCUUGAUGACCCACAUGGCAUAUAGUCAUUUCCACCUUCAGUUCUUUGCCGACUACGACCCUAGGGUUAUUGAUAUUACAGGAGCGCAAAUGAUAUUGGUGAUGAAGUUAUCAGCUUUUGGAUGGAGUGUGUACGAUGGGAAACAGCCAUUGGAAUCAUUAAGCGAAUACAACAGAUCUCGUGCCAUCAAACAACACCCAAAUAUUCUUCCAUUCAUUGGCUAUCUGUUCUUUUAUGCUUCUUUAUUAACUGGUCCAGCUUUUGACUAUGCAGACUAUGACAAGUUCAUCCAUGCAACAUUAUUUGAUGAUGUUCCAGAGGACAAAAGACCAGGUAGACGCAGAAAGAGGCUAAUUCCAAAAAGCGGAAAACAAGCGACAUCAAAGUUAUUUCAAGGUUUUUUUUGGGCGGCAUUAUUAUUUGUUGUGCCCAAAUACGUGGAACUUGACGAAGUAUUCACCAAGAGCUUUAUCUACAACCACGGAUUUGUUUAUAGAAUCUUCUACAUGUGGGGGUUGGGUUUCCUUUAUAGGUUGAAAUACUAUGCUAUUUGGUUAAUUGCCGAAGGUGCAUGUAUCUUGUGCGGUAUAGGCUAUAACGGAAUUGACGCAACAACAGGCAAGUUCAAGUGGAAUAGAGUCCAGAACAUUGAUCCAUUGGCCUUUGAAACUGGUCAAAAUGUACAUGCAUGCUUGGAAGCUUGGAAUCAAAACACAAACAAAUGGUUGAAGCACUAUAUUUAUUUGCGAGUGGCAAAGCCAGGCAGGAAACCUGGAUUUAAGAGUACCGUUUUCACUUUUGCUACAAGUGCGUUUUGGCAUGGAACAAGACCAGGCUAUUAUUUGACAUUUGUAAUUGGGGCAUUUAUGCAGACCGUUGGAAAGUAUUACAGAAAAAACAUUCGUCCGUUGUUUUUAACAGCUGAUGGCUCUCCUAAACCAACAAAACGUGUUUACGAUUUUGUCAGCUGGGUUGUCACACAGUUGGCAUUUGGCUUUGCAGUACAACCAUUUGUCAUUUUAGAUUUUAAGAAAUCAUUAUUAUGCUGGGCUACAGUUGAUUACUGGCUAGUCGCAGCUAUUGCAAUAACAUUCUUUAUUUAUAAUGGCCCGCUCGCUAAGUACUUCAAGAUCAGUCAGAAGAAGAAACUUCCAGUUAAAAUUAAUGAGACGAAGGAGUUACUGAGUGACAAAAAAUUGUCUACCAAAGAGCAUGGCUAUGUUACAAACGCAAUCGAUAAAAAGUUGGGUAAGGAGUACGAUUCUCCAACUUUAGGUUUACCAUCUUUGGAUGUGUUUGAGGAUCUUGAUAAACUGGAACUUGACGAAGACAUCGAGCAUUUGCACCAAGCUUGGGAAUCAUUCAAAAAAAGACGUUUCUUGGAUGACGAAGACGCUGAGGGAUUAAAGAGUGCUUACAGUAAUUUUACUGACGAAAUUAAUGAAAUUUACCGUGCAAAAAAGGAUGAGUUUUUCGCUAGUGAUGAUAAGCCAAAGCAGCUGUAA